ACGUCCCCCUAUAAAAUGCCGCUGCGGGAUGGAGCGAAGGAGAGUCUGAGCAUCGUCAACUCCUCAGGAACCAGGAAGACCUCUGGGCAGACUGAGGGGUCCGUUCAGUACAAACCAAUAAAGAACCAAGUCAAGAUGAAGGUCCCCCUACUUCUGGCUCUUCUAUUUGGGGCAGUUUCAACUCUCCAGCUGGGGACCGUGCCGUCUAACUCUGAGAACUUUUUGGGGGAUGAGGCCGUGCCUCAGGAUGGGGAGACGCCAGAAAAGGAGGCCCCUCCGGGGGAGCUGACGCUGCUGGAGGAAGAAGAGGAGGGGUACUCUGGAAGUGACGAUGCCCUGGAGGAGGACGGGGCUGCAGAGUCCGUCUCGGCCCUGGAUCAGGAGGACGAGGACUUUCAGUGCCCAAAAGAAGAGGACACAGUGAAACUGGGGGACAGUCCUACGUGCAAGAACUGUCCCCGCUUCCUCCUGGUGAGGAAGGCCAGGAUAUUUUCCCGAGCUCAGCUCACCUGCCGGAGGUGCUACAGGGGUAACCUCGUCUCCAUCCACAACUUCCACUUCAAUCGCCGGCUCCUGUGCUCAGUCAGAGGGCUCAACCAGGGCCAAGCCUGGAUCGGAGGCAGGAUCGUAGGCUGGGGUGUCUGCAAACGCUUUCGCUGGGUUGAUGGCAGUCACUGGAACUUUGGAUACUGGGCUGCUGGUGAACCCAGGAUCCAGGGUGGCAGAUGCGUGGCCCUGUGUACCCGAGGAGGCCGCUGGCGUCGUGCUCCCUGCAACAGGCGCCUCCCCUUCUUCUGUUCCUACUGAGCUGGACCCAGCCAGGAGUCCAGAGCCGCCCCCUCCCGGGUAGCUGUCUCCCUUCCCCUGGCUGCUACCCCUGCUUCCAGCCCCUGGCAAUAAAAUUGCUUUCCUGAAACGGA